AUGCAGUUCUCUAUCGUUGCCAUCUUUGCUACCGGUGCUUUUGCUGCUAUUUGCCCUACUGGUCUUUACUCCAACCCUUUGUGCUGUGGUAGUGGUAUACUUGGCGUUGUUUUUCUUGACUGCGAGGCUCCCAAAGCGCAAGUUUCUGAUAGCAUGUCCUUCCAGAAUGCCUGUGCUGCUGUAGGGUUACAGCCUCUUUGCUGCGCUGCUCCUACUGUAAGUAUACCAAAGUCGAUUUCUGACAUUAGUCUCGGAGGUCUAUGCUAA